UUUCAAUGAGCAGCAGCCAGAAAAUGAGGUGACUCAAAUUUGAUGGCAUUACCAAUAUACAUGGAUCUAAUUAAGGUAACCAUGUAUCCGAUAGAAUAGUGAAUGUCUUAAGCCUAUGCCUCCACGAUCCCCGUGACCAUACAGUUGAAUGUGAAGGCACAAGUGAUGAUACUAAGUGACAGAUCGGACCGAAUCCCAUGUGGGUCUGCCAUUUUUACCCAACUUAUUUCCAAGAGCUGUCAAACAAAUGAUGCGAUUUUAACACUGGACCCGAUUAAAGGACACACCACCUAGACAGUAUGGAUACCAGGUAUGGAGAGAAUCAGCCACAGACGGAAAAUGACAUCAUCGAAAUUGAACCGAUCGAAGAUUACAAUGUUCACAAAGCCAAACUGAGGGCGUCGCUGUUGUGGUUGCUGCAUAAAGCUUACGGAGAUGAGAUUCCGCGGGAGUUACAAGACCUGUACUAUGAGACAUCAGAGGGAAGCAUUCACCUGCUGCCACGGCUGGUUAACCUCCUGGUCAGUAGUGAGGUGUACUGUCAGACCUGCAGCUCUCUUUUCAGAGACACUGCCUAUCAGUGGCAAGGUCACUGGAGCAUUAUCCAGGUGUUGUCCAGGAAGGGUAUCUAUGUGAUGGAGACAGACGAGGUGGCUGUCACAGCUACGGUUCUCACACAAACAGCGCCAUUCAGGCUGAAUGCUCACCUGGCUCUGAUUGAUGCCCUGAUGACUGCUCACUCCGGUGAAAUCUUCACGGUACAGACAGUGGUGCAGGCUGUCAGACGUUUUACAACAGUGAAUGCCUCCAGUGAGUUACCCUCCAGCCUGGAUGAUGCUGUGUUAUUCUGGGUUAACAAGGCCUGCAGCACAAUCCUACACAAGAUAGAGGAAGAUCGCAAAGUUCAUGAACAACAGCUUAUACAAGGGGAGACAACUCAGAAGGUGCGGAUUACGCGGAAGCAGUUAUCACCUAAGGAACUACCUGUGAUUGAACCGAUGAAAGAUUUGAUACAAGAUAUUUCUGACGGCUGCUCCUUAGCAGCCACCAUCAGCUUUUAUAGCCCACAAGUUCUCAGACUAAAUGAUAUCUGCUUAAAAAGAAACCUUGGUAUCGCCGACUCUCUGUUCAAUCUCCGUCUGGUCAGAAACUUUUGUGAACGUCACCUGCCAGCUAAAAUCUUCCACUUUGAAUACGUAGAUCUGCUUUAUUGCCAUGAAUCUCUGAGACAGAAUGUGACCGCUUUUCUUGCCGAGCUAUUCUACUGGUUUGAGAUAGAAAAGGCCGAUUGUGUUACCCAGGGUACGUCAACACGACCCUCAACGGCUGCCCGUCUCUCCAGCGCUAGCAAGACACCAGUGCCAAUCAGCGAGGUGACCAAGAGGAGCUUUCACAAAUCUCACACUGACGAAUCUCCCUCUUCCCCACCAGAUCUGACUCGGGUGCCCCCCAGUCCAACGUCUAAUUUACCUGCCCGACAGGUGUUGUUACCAAAGAGAGUUAACCAGGAGGAUGGUCACCAUCAAGAUGCUGCAGGAACACGCUCCGGGGCUCAGGCUGCCCAUCACUCCAUCUUGGCCUGGCAGGAAGACGCCCCACCGGUGCCACAAGAAAGACGACCUGGUCGAAAGCCGGCACCACAGAGCAUCCAGCAGAGGGACAACCCACUAGCGACAGAGUACAGCCCUGGGGUUACAAGUCAGAGUCAGGGCAGCAACCUCCUGGCCAACGUCAGCAUUGACAGUGACGUCCUCGAUACAUGCCGCUCAGUGGACCUGGAUGGGCUGGCAGAGAGCCUGGACAUAGACGGGGCAGCUAGCCUGUCCAGCUCGCCCCAGCAGCACAGAGGCUCCCCCGGCAAAGAUCACGACAAUCUUGAGAUCCUGAGCAUCUCAUCCACAGGCACUAGCACACAGAUGUCCAACCAGAUGGGUCUGCGGAGCUCAGUGCACUCGGUCAAGGGUGACCCUCUUAUGCCCGCACGGCUCAGGGCGUCCAAGGAAAAGGGGUCCAACCAUAGUAAAGCCGAGGAGAGAGGCGAUGCGGCAUCCCGCAAACCAUCCAACCAGGCCGUGAGGAAGGCCCGCAUGUUGCCAGAACCGAAACCAUCUUCCUCGACAAUGCAGUCCGCUGACUUGUCUGUUCGUGUAAGUUCAGGCUCAAACAGCUCGUCCCCGGAUGAUAUGGUUGUAACACCCUUACCAGAUGACCAGAUGUCUUCCCAGGAGCUCCCAGUGCAAGGGCCUGUCCCCUCACACAGCUACACAAUACCAGACGUGGCAAGCACGCCUCAGGCAGCAGAGGCGGCUGGCAUCCCUGUUGUGUCUGAGAGCCUGGAUCAACAAGACCCCAUGUACGUCGCACAGGUUCAGAAACGCAGCCGCCAAAGCAGCGUUGCCAGCAACAGAAGCUCAGGUGAGUUCUCUGACCAUGAGUCUCAGAAGAUUCACCUGGAUCACAAGAGUCGAGAGUCUGCAGUUCCUAAAGAAAUGUCCCCACUGAGAGUGUUACAGUCGACUGAUGAGAGACCAAUUAGUUUACCUGUUGGUCAACAGCUUGGUGACAUUAGCAAAGCCCCACUCAUAAUAACCGAUGGCAGUGAUAAAGGAGUGGUUCAUACCACAAGCUUUGCCCAGAUAAAAAAGCUGCAUGAUGUGGGUCAGUAUGACAAUUCAGGCUUUGUGUUCAUGCAGCAUGGGCAUGAUUCAAAUGGAAACAGUGGUAAUAGAACGUCCCUCAAGGCUGCAUUCCAGAGGAAGCAAGCAGAAGGAAACGCAGGUAAGCCUGAGAAGAAAACCAGCUUUGCGGCAUUACCAAACCAGACGACCUGGCAGCAAAAUGCACAGAGGAUGCAGAUGGCAGGGACGAGCUCCGAACAAGGCAUUGAAAAUGGGGAGUCUUCGCAACCGUCAGCCUCUGAACUGCAGCAUGUGCGACGAAAACUUGAGGAGAAGCGUCGUAUGAUCGAGCGUGAAAAACACAGGAUGGAGCUUCAGAAGAGUAAACAACGACAGCGGCUAGGGAAAGCAGCUUUUCUUCAGGUGUUGUCUAAGCGAGAUGGCAAAGAGAACUCCAUCCAAGAACAACCAGAGGCUCACAUGACCAGGUCAGCAGAAGGUCGUGUCUCGCCUAUUCCCGGGGCUGUGGGGGCCAUGUCCACAUCCCAGCCCAACUAUAGCGAAAACAUGCCAGGGCUUCUCCUUUACAGCGAGAGCUGUUUCAGGGCAGAGGUGACACUAAAUUCAGAUCAACACCCCCCUCCGUAUCAUCAGCCUGACCCCACAGGAGCACCGAAAACGACUCCUCCUCUGGAUAAACACAGUCAGCCUUUCCCUCAUUCAUCACCUAUUCCUAUGACUUCAUCCCCCAGAAAUAUACCAGCUCUGUCCAAGGACGAGCAAGGCAAAGAAAUAGAGAAUUAUGACGAGUAUAACUCUUCGCUAGAUAAGCUGAACCACAGCUUGUCAGAACUACAGGGUGAAAUUAUGAGGCUUUCGUUGAAGCAAGAACAGUUAAAAAAGACUUCAGCGGAACCUAUUGGCCCAGUUGUUUCCCCGGCCCAGUCCAUGGCUGUGGCUGGACAGAAUGGGCACACAGGUCAGCCAUCGAGAGUGCCGCCUCCCGCCUCUCUGUGGCAGGGUCAGACUGAAGCCUCCGCCACCCAGGCAUACACCAGCCCACCCGCGGCUCAUCCUCAAGCACAGCAAGGUGCCCCAGCACCGUUUGUGAUGCACAGUCAACCUCCUGUGAACUUUCCGGCGUCUGGUGCAUACACCUCCCCAAGUCAGUACUCUGCUGGAGGGUACAUCCCACCGCAGCCGCCGUUCAGCCUUCAGUCCCCACCCAUGUACCAGCAGAUGUAUCAGCAGAGUCCACCUUACCCAGGACCGGCCGGAGCUGCCCCAUUCCUCAUGCACGUGCAAGGUGCUCCUUCACAGCCAUACCUGCCGCCCUCUUCCUCAGGGGCUCAAUACCAGGCCCCUGUGCCUGGGGUCUCUGGCUACCAACCCCAUCCCCAGUACAGUGGCACGUGCACAGUGACAUCUCACUCUCACCCCCACACUGCCCCAGGCUCUGCUGGUGUACCUAGGCCUCACCAGCACACAUUCCAAAAUGUGGGGGACAACGUGAACCCUUACACCAUGUCUAACUUACCUGAAGAGCCAGUACAAGAGAGAGUGACCUCAGCGGCUGAUGACAGAGUUCAGGCGGAUUUAACAGCAGUUCAACCUCAAAGUGAGUCACACGGUACUCCUUGUGCAUACGCAGAUAGUAACUCUUAUCACACCCCUGAAAGCCAGCCGGUUCAAAAUGAUGAGCACAGCUCCGCUGGAGGAAACGAAGGAUUUUUCAUUUCAUUCGGCGAAGAAACGCCAAAACGACCAAAGCCCAAACUCGGCAAAGACCGUCAUAAGGAGGAAUCUUAUGUGCGGGCAAACUUAUCAGAACGCCCUGAAACAUCGGGGAAUGGGAACGAGGCUUCGGACAUGUCUGGGCACUCGGCCUCUCCUCAGUCUACACACAGCCAGUCUGAUGCUAACACGUCAGGGAUAGGCUUUGUUGUUGGUGAAGACAACACCUCCAUUACCAAGUCCCUGGAGGAUGAGAUGCUGAAGAAGCGUGAGAAAAUGCUACACUUACAGCAGAAACGUCGGGAGGAGCAGGAGCGUAAGCGGCAAGAGAAAGAACAGGCUGAGGCGGAGAGGAGGGAGAAAGAACGACGGAAGCAGGAAGAAACAGAGCAGCGCAAGGCAGAGGAGAGAGCCCGGCGAGAUGCCAUUUUCCAGAAGUACAAGGAGAGAAAGGCCAAGGAUGACCAAGAGGAUUCCAGUGAUGAAGUCCGCACAAGGAAAGAGCGUCCUCGCGAUCGCCCCAGACCCAAAUCCAUGAUUGUGAAGACACGAACACCCAUCCAGCAGAAUGGUGGAGGCCCAGUAAGGGCAGGUAACUCUCACGAUGACCUGCACACAAGUUCAGCCAGAGAUCUGGCUACACCAUCACCAGUGCCAUCGGGUAGACUCACCCCCAAACGGGGCAAGCUUUAUCGACCAGCUUCAUGCCACCUAAUGGACACGAGUGAUGGCGACCCCAGAACAGCAUUACCGUACGCAGGGAGUAUGACUCACAGACGACCUCCCUCUCCAGAUUUGUAUGCACGAUACCAGAAUCGCAAGGCGUCUUCAGCGCGUGGAGCAGACAGUAACAGUGAGACAGGCUCGGCAGCUGGGUCAGAUUACGCUGGUCCUAAGUUGUAUGUGAAGCCUAGUCAGAAAUCUAACCGUCAUAUCAUCGUGAAUGCUAUCAGCCAUGUUUGUCUGGCGGGGACAGUUAACACAGACAUCAAGAAUAAAGUCCUGGAGGAGAUGAGCCGAUCAGAAGCCAAGCAUUUUGUGAUCUUGUUCCGCAGUGCGGGCUGUCAGUUUCGUGGUCUGUACACGUUUGAUCCUGAUACCGAGCUCACCUUCAAGUUAACAGGGGCUGGACCAAGACAGCUGACCAACAAAGCCAUCGAGACAUUCUACAAGUACAACUCUGGAGCAAAGAAGUUUAACAUCGUAGCCUCCACGAAGCAUUUAUCAGUAUCAAUUGAUGCUGUAGUAGUUCACAAUUCUGUGUGGAAGUCUUCAAAGCAAGCAAAGAGGUGAAAACAGUGAUUUCAGUGCAGUCCCGUGCAGAGAUGUCUCAUUCCCAGUGCUAAAGUUGUCUCCCCUUUAUUACAUGUCCUUUAAUGGACUUGUUUUUUUACGCUAAUCAUGGCUGAUGAUGGACUGCACCAUUGAUCUGCAGUCAGUGAUAGGCAUGCAUCCAAACUGUCAUUUUUCUGUGGCAUAAGAAACCAACUACGUUAAAAGUGACCUGAUUUUGUACUGAAUACGCUCACUAUAUGAUUCGUGUCUGUCUGUAAGGUUUCCUUCCUAGGCCGCGGGGUCAAUUGCCCCAGGUACUUGUGUUAAGGGUGGACACAUCAAGGCUGUGCCCAUCAGUGAAAAACUUGGCUAUCUUCAUAACUACGUGUAGGUAUCACCUAAUCACAGUAUUGCCAUAUCAUUCUGUUCAUCUUCAGGAAAAUGUACCAGUGACAACAGAAUAGUUCUGACCUGAUUGGUUAACUAACAUCUCGUGACUAAAUAAUACCAGUGUUUCAUUGGUCCAGGAAAUUUACACGUAGGUGGGGGCAUUUAGUGACCAGAGUUCAUACAGGUAGUACUUACUGAAUGUGUAGAGAGAGUUGUGAUGCAGAUUUUACUGAUUCACUACAGGAUUCCAACUAGAGUUCGAACGCUUACGUUUGGCCGGUUAGAAGACAAGGUUGUCACUCAUUCCACAAGUUUGUUCAGAUGAUGCUUUGUUUGGAAAUGUAGCAUGUAACCCUAUAUGUGGAAGUACAAAUUUACUGCCUUGAACUAUGGUAUUCAUUGUGUGACUGGAACCGAACAAAUUACGUCUCAAGUUUGAGGUACAAUAUACCGUGAUUGGCUCUGGUCUCCUUGUAUUACAUGCUAUGUGUUAUGUUUAACAUAAUUCAGAAAGCAGGCAUGUCCAUGUUGAUGUAUACUUGUUGUGGUUGUUGUUGUUGUUAAGCUGUUGUCAGAAGAACUUCCCUUGCAGCUUUCCAUUGUCAUUUUACAUGUACAAAUCUGAUAAUGAACCACACUCACUUCUAGCGCAGAACACCAACAGGCUCACAUGUAGAUGCAGUUUAAAUACCUUUAAACAGAUAGCAGAGACUUCUGGUGAGAAAAAGUGCUGACAAAUUUUUGCAGAGGUGGAUGUAACAUAAUCUAAAAACAGGUACCGGGUAUAUCUAAGACACUGGUAUAUGUAUGACCUUUUGAAAGAAUGUGAACUGUAAAUACAUGUAUUUUCUGGUCAGUGUUUCUCUUCAUUGCUCUCUAAGAAGCAGGUUGGACAUUAUACAUUUACAAGUUUGCAGAGAAUUUUAAGGCACUUUACAAUGAUUUAUGUAUCAUUGAAAUAGACAAUUGUCAUGACCACAAGUUGUGCUGAAGACAAAUGAACAAGUUUUAAGACUUUUGACUCAGGCAGUGAGUUACCAGUGCUUUGUGGGAUAAAAUGGACAGAACAAUUGAACAAAUCGGUACCAUAUUGUACUUAAAUAUUUUGUGCUAAGGGUCAUAUGUAUUUCAGCUGGUAGGAAUUUUCUUGUCCGCUUCUGGUGACUUAAUCUGGCAGAUGUCUGGUCCCAUUCUCUGAGAGUAGGCCUACAGAGAGGGUUAGCAUACCGCUAGCUUCUUGUCUCACCAAGACGAAUUCUGGUCCUGUUCUCUGAGAGUAGGCUGUGAGAGGGUUUAGCAUACUGCUAGGCUCUUGUCUCAUCAAGACGAAUUCUUGUCCCAUUCUCUGAGAGUGGGCUGUAAGAGGGUUAGCAUACCGCUAGGCUCUUGUCUCACUAAGGCCACCUCUGGUCCCGUUCUCUGAGAGUAGGCCUACAGAGAGGGUUAGCGUACUGCUAGGCUCUUGUUUCGUCAAGACGAAUUCCGGUCACGUUCUCCAAGGGUAGGCGUACAGAGAGAGUUAAAAUAAUGCUAGGCUCUUGUCUCAUCAAAACGACCAAGCAGCUGUUUGUUGUUUGAUGAAUUGUCAGAUUUUGCUAGUCAGAUUUUUGAUAUUCUGUAUGUAAAAUUUAACAUUUAACAUUGGACAUUCACUUAAAACUGACCCUGAUUGCAAGACGACGCAAAAGCAUAUAUUGGUGAUGUUGGCCGCUGUCGCGAAUUUGGCAGAUCAUUAUUGUUGUGUGGAGAAGCCAGAAGUGCAUUGAUUGAAGUACAGGGAUGUUUCAGACAUUCUCACAAGUGUUAUAGUGACACACUGAACUCGUGCCUCGUGUUUUUGUUUUGCACUCUGUUGUACUUUUGAAUAUGACACUAGAGAUGUUGGUGGUCUCAGCUAAACCCAAAAUACUGAAAUGUGGAUUACUUUCAGCUUCUUUGUCUCAUCGCAUUUCUUCGUUUCAUCGCAUUUCUUUGUCUCUCUUUCGCUUCAUCCAUUUGUCUUUGUCUCAUCAGUGAUAUCAUGUCAUUAUAUCAUGAAUCUUGAGCAUAAAUAAGCUGUACAUGUGUAUAUUUAAAAUGAUUAUGUAAUUACACAACUGUAAUUAAAAUUCGUGCAAACCUGCUAGAUAUGUACACUGUAUAUUGAGCCUGUAAAUAUGCCAAGCCUUAAAGAUAAGUUUUAAGUUAUUUUUGCAUGCCUAGAUAUAGCUAGACUGUUUGGAGUAAGCAUUAGCCUUGCCUUGUAAAAAAAAAUGCAAGAAAUGAGUGUAUUUGGGCCUGUAUAAAACCUGUUACACCACUUGUUGUUUUAAGUUUCCAAAUGUUGGCUUUAAUCUGAAUUAUGCUGUUUUUCAGAGAUGUGCAUUUUUUUAAUAUAAAAGUGCUGACUCUGUUGUUGUUGGAAUUCACAGUACGUGAAAUAGCACUGUUUGUGUUGAGUGGAUUUGCACAGUCUGGUAAUCAUUGAUUAUUGAAAUCUGACCCCAUUCUGCCGGUAGGCCUCCUAUUGACUGCUGUGUUCACGCCUUUGUCAUGGUGUUCCACAUUUACAGCUAUGUAAAAUGAACUAGUUAAACUCAUUUACUUUUGUGUGAAAUUUGAUUCACAUUCCUGCAGGUCUUUGCAAACGUCAUCGGUUCAGAAACAUAAAAAGGAUUGUUGUCAGUUUUCGGACAGUAGCUGAGAAUGUUGUGAGCUGCUUUAGUAGAGAGCUUUAACUUUCAUCUGUUAAAGACAAUUACCUGUCUUAAGGGAACACAGAGGUCUGCACCCAUUAGUUUCAGCCUUCCUUACAAAUCUUUGAAAAUGUUGUUAUCCUUUCAAAAACAUGUAUGUAAUUCAUAUGCAGUCUUAUUGGGUUAAAAUUUUAUCUUCAUUAAAUUAAGUGGAAAGAACAAAACAACUCAAGACUACCAUAUUGGUUGUCAGGCAUACCUUGCCUCAGUCUAACCGGACACCAAAGUGAAAGCCAAUAUUAAAUAACAUACUCAGUAGGUUCAGUAUGAAACUUUGUCACCUGGAGACUUUCAAAGGUCCUAAGACAACCCUCAAAUUUCAAGAAAUAUCAUUGUUCGCGUGGUAUUCAAGCUUUGUAGCUCCCCUCAAACCCUAAACCUAAUACCCCCACCCCCUCAACACCAAGCUGUCUGAAACUUAAGUAUUCUACUAGUACAGUCGAUAUUCACAUGUACAUGUAAGCUCUGUAAAGGAGCAUAUCUAAAUAAAACUGUACGAAGGUCUACUACAAGUACCUGUAUGUGUGAGUAUCCAGUGAUUUUAAGCUCUUCCAUAGUUGCUGAUUAACUGUGCUACAUAUUUGUACAUUUUGUAAGUAAUAACUGUAAUUAUUUAAUUUUUUUUUAUGUUGGUUUUGAUGGCAAGAGCUAAGCGUUUUUUACAGGCUGGAAAAAUGACAAGUUUCAAUAAUUAUAAACUCAAAUUAAUGCAUGUGUGGUAGACCUACUUAACACAGAAUGCAUUGUUAAUGUUCCCCAGUGUUUUACAUGCCAGAGAUGUUGCAGAAUUAGUUGGAUUCACCAGAAAAAUGGUUUUGUUAAUUAAUUUGUUUAUACUUUUUGUCUACACUGUAUUAUGCUAAAACCUGAAACCUCAACGUUUUUCUGAAUUAUUUGUACAUGUACGUGUCAUAUUUCCAUCAAAUGACAUUUUGGGUUAAAUGCAUGCCUAAUGUUGGCAUGAAUUGUAAUUAAGUUCCAAGGCAUGAGUUACAGGUAUUUAUAAUGUUUGUCAAAUUUUACCUGGUGUUUUGUUUUUUAAUACUCACAAAGGGAGACAAAUUUUGUGUGGUUUUCCUGAGGCGAACUGUUACCUAAGAGUGCAAAAAUAACCUGAUUAAAGAGAACAGCAUUGUCCAAUCAGACUGAUUAUGUCUGGCCCGCAGAGUCUAUAAGCCGGUUAUUUUUUCAGUGUAUUUAUGCUAAUUUAUUUGACGAUCUCUGCUUUUGUUUGGCCACUGUGAGCACGUGAUGAAAUCCCUCCUCCAUGGUGCAUUCUGUCUGUACUCUGUUUUUGUUACCAUAUAUAAAACUACCAGCUCUUUGUGACCAUAUAUUGCCUUGACGUUUCAUUAUGUGGAAAUAAAGCUUAAA